GGAACUUCUUUGUUUUGCAUUCUGAUGGAAUCUGAUUACAGAAAAGCUAUAGAAAAAUAUUAACUGUGUCAUAAGAAUCUGUACAAUAUCCUCAACGUUCAAUUAGAAAUCUUGUUUCAAUAUAUAGUCAAGAGUUGAGUUUUCCUCUAAAGAAAGAAAGAUGUUUGGCUCAAAUAAUGGUAGAACUGAUCAAAAUGAUAGUUCUGAAUAUGAUAGGAAAAGUGAAGUUCAAGCCUUUGAUGAUUCAAAGGUUGGUGUAAAGGGACUUCUGGAUGCUGGUGUCACAAAGAUACCGCGUAUAUUCUUGCACAACCAGCCUGUGAUUGAAAACAAAUUAGAUUCCGAUGCAGCUACUAAGUUUAGCCUUCCAGUCAUAGAUUUAGGAGACUCGGGCAAAAGUGCAGCUCAACGAGCUGAUAUUGUCCGAGAAAUAAAGGAUGCUUGUGAAAACUGGGGAUUUUUUCAAAUUGUCAACCAUGAAAUCCCAUCAAGUGUUAUGGAGAAAGUACUAGAAGGCGUUCGCCAUUUUCACGAGCAGGAUUCUGAGGUGAAGAAAGAGUUCUACUCUCGUGAUGUUACGAGGAAGUUCACCUAUAAUACUAAUUUUGAUCUACACAAAGCAAAAACAGCUAACUGGAGAGACAGCUUUUACUGUGUCAUGGCUCCUAAUCCUCCUCGCCCCGAAGAAAUUCCAGAGGUUUGCAGAGAUGUUUUGAUCAAAUACGCGGAGCACGUGAUGAAACUGGGGCUUACUCUAUAUGAGCUACUCUCUGAAGCUCUAGGACUCAACCCGAAUCACUUGAAAGACAUAGAAUGCGCGGAGGGGCUACUCGUAGUUGGCCAUUAUUAUCCGGCAUGUCCUGAACCAGAUUUCACUUUAGGCCUUAGCGGUCACACAGAUAGCGGCUUCUUGACUAUUGUAUUACAGGAUCAAAUUGGCGGACUGCAAGUUUUUCAUAAAAAUCAAUGGGUUGAUGUUGCUUUCAUGCCUGGAGCUCUAAUUGUGAACAUUGGAGACUUAAUGCAGCUGAUCACAAACGAUAAGUUCAGAAGCGUUCUUCACAGAGUGCUUGCGAAAAAUGUAGGACCAAGAAUUUCAGUGGCAAGUUUUUUCAGAAUGCAUUUUCAAGAAGGAAGUGAAUCAAGAUUAUAUGGUCCAAUCAUGGAGUUGUUAUCAGAGGAAAACCCUCCAAUAUACCGAGAAACAAGCAGAAAAGAGUAUGUCACUUAUCUAUACAACAAAGGGCUAGAUGGAACUUCUUUAUUGUCACAUUUCAAAUCACAGAAUCUAAAGAUUCCAGUUGUGGAUCUAAGUGGCAUAGAAGUUGAAGAUCGACGUAAGAAGAUUGUUGAUGAAAUAAGGGAAGCAUCAGAAAAGUGGGGAUUUUUCCAACUGAUAAAUCAUAGGGUUCCUUCUUGUGUUUUGGAAGGAAUGAUUGAUGGGAUUCGUAGAUUUCAUGAACAAGAUGUUGAGUUAAAGAAAGAGUACUAUACGCGUGAUCAUACGAGAAGAGUUAGAUAUGAGAGCAACUAUGAUCUUUACCAAUCAAAGACUGCAAACUGGAGGGAUACACUGAACAUUUCUAUGCUAGUUUCUAGUAAUAUUGAACCUGAACAAAUACCAGCAGUUUGCAGGAGCACAUCCAUUGAGUAUAUAAAUCAUGUCACACAGUUAGGAGAAACUCUAUUCAGCAUACUAUCGGAAGCACUCCGGAUAAAAUCAGACCACUUAAAGGCCAUGGAAUGUGCAGAAGGGAAAACAUUUGCAUGCCAUUACUAUCCGGCAUGUCCACAGCCAGAGCUAACUCUUGGUGCUUCUAAACAUACAGAUACUGCUUUCCUUACCAUUCUUCUUCAAGAUCAAAUUGGUGGCCUUCAAGUCCUGCACGAAAACCAAUGGAUCAAUGUUGAGCCAAUUUCACAAGGCCUGGCUGUUAAUAUUGGCGAGAGUCUUCAGAUUUUAUCAAAUGACAAGUUUGUGAGCGUGAAUCAUAGAGUUAUAGCGAAUAAGGUAGGACCGAGGAUGUCAGUCGCGUGCUUCUUCACUGGUGUUUCUGGAACUCCAAAGAUCUAUGGUCCAAUCAAAGAGCUCAUAUCAGAAGAAAAUCCCCCUCUUUAUAAAGAAUUUACAGUAAGUGAUUACAUGGCUAAGUUUAUGUCCAGGCCACUUGGUAAGUCUACUCUUGACCUUUUCAGACUGUAAAGCAACAACAACAACAUACCCGGUAUUACUCCACAUCGUGUGGUUUGGGGAGGGUAAUGUGUACGCAGACCUUACCCCUACUUUUGUGAAAGUAGAGAGGCUGUUUCCAAUAGCAAUACUUCAGAAAAUAUAUGAUUAUUUUUACAAGGCAGUUUCGACGUUUGUGAUUUGCUCUACAAUAAUGUUUUACCUUUGACUGCUGGACUAGCUAAGAGCAAUGUUGCUUUUUCCUGUUUUUAUCUUCAAAUAAAUAGGAUCAAUGUCAAGAACACAAUCUUAAUACCUUAUGUAUUGUUAAUUUUCGUUACG